UUACGAAGUAGAGUUUUUGUUUGCAAGUCUAACGGAUGCUGGGGCAUUCCUAAAAGCAAUUGGUCUUUUUGUCCCCCCACUCGCCACAGAGACGGAAGUUACCUUAGCAGCCUUUGCCGCAAGCGGACAGCUCCGACAAACAAAGGGACGCCCUUUCCCAAACCAAGUUCAUUCAUUCGUUCGCUCGCUCACUUGGUCCUUCAUUCAUUCCUGCCGCUUAUAUCAACAGCUUCCCCCUCAUUCACAACACACAGCACCAUCUCAUCCACUUUCACCCACCCGCAUUGUUCUACACAUAAUCCAACAUGGCUCGCCAAAAUCCAGAUGAAAUUGACCUCUUCGAGGACGACUUCGACCCCCGGUCCAACCCGUCCAACCGCUCCUCGUCCAACAAUGAGUUCGAGGUCGCCGAAGACGCCGCCAUGGCCGAAACCCUAGGCUUCACCAGAUUCGGCGGCGUCACCAGGCCCCGCCCCGACGACGACGACGAAGAGGACUCCACACGCGCGUCUAAGAAACGCCGUUUCAACCCGCGCCUCGACGACGCCAUCAUCGCCGCCACCGAGCCCCCGUUCACCGCAUACCGCGCCCAGGCCGGGUCCAAAUCCAACUCGGCCGCCCCACCCCGGGACGAAAUCACCUACUCCGACUCGGACGGCAACGCCACCCCCAACACCUCCACCCCCAACUACAACAACAACAACGCCAACUACAACGACGACUUCACCCUCGACACCACCACCAGGCGCCCAUCCACCACCACCGCCCGCAGGGGUAGCAGCAGAGGAGGCAGCGCCAGCCCGCGCCGGGGCAGCAGCCCCCACCCGCGCAGCCCCAACCCGCACAACCCGCGCAGCCUCCACAACCCGCGUAACAACAACGGCGGCGGCGGCGGCGGAGGAGGAAGGGGCGGCGGAAAAGGAGGACGAGGCGGCAACAGGGGCGGCGGCAAAGGGGGCGGCGCUGCUGCCCAGCACAACCCGCUGUGGUAUGUCGACUACUACGAGACGGGCAGUAAUGAGAACCCGUGGGAGGGCAUGGAGAAGCAUAAGGGCUUGGAGCCGGUGGGGACGUGGUUGACGCGGUUUUGGGAGCGGGGGAGUGCGGAGGGGGAGGUUAAGGGUGGUGGCGAGGAAGUGGUGGGUGCUGAGGAAGUGGUGGAGGGUGUGGAAGUGGAGGGUGUGGAAGUAGAGGGUGUGAAAGGGGCAGAGUUGGUGGAGGUGGUGGAGAGUGAGGGUGUGGAAGGGGGGGAGUUGGAGGUAGUUGAGAGUGAGGGUUUCGAGGUGGAGGAGCUGGAGGCUCUGGUGGAUUUUGAGGAUGUCUAGGGCGUUGCUGCUUAGGCUACCGUUGGUUGAAUAGGUACCUAGGGAGGUUAUCUUGAUGACAGAAAAUCUUGUAUGGGUAUAUUAUUGUCAUAUUAAAAAGAGAAAGGGCCCGAAGAGAAAAGAAGGCGUCACGUGACGGCUCAGGGGUUACUACACAUGACGACCCUCGCAGCCUUCAGGUGGCCCUGUUGGGCUCAACCACGUCACCUGACGGCCUGGACAGCCACAGACUGGGAUGGAGGGC